AUGUCUGAUCUUGUUGCUAACGAUCCGGUACCGGAAACAGCUGCUGUGGCGGCUGAAGCUCAAGAAGUUGAAAAAACGGCCCCAAAGCCUAACCUGUCACCUGCACCAGUGCCCACUACAUCGCCAUGGAAAGCGGUGGCAACCGCUACACCUGUUGCGGCGGGCGAAUCGACCGCCAAUGGGUCUUCUAAAUGGCCAUCGACCCAGGAAGCCGUUGAAACCCUGGAAAAACGCUCCAAAUUCACUCCUCCCACACCAGCAAUCAAACCCACAUCGGGCAGAGAAAGAUGGCUGCCAAUGCAGGCGUCGAUUGUUGUGUCGGGCUCCAAGAGAAGCACCGACAACAACCACAGCAAUGGCAGCAAUAACAAUGGCAACAACGGAAAUCAUAAUAACGGCAGCCACUCUGGCCCUGCCAACAGACGCGCUCAGUCUGGCAGCAGAAGACCUCGUCGUGCCAACAACAACAGCAACAUCACAGCUACAGGUUCGAACAGCAGUAACGCUAACAGAUCAAAGAAGCAGUAUGAUUCAGCGAUUGGCAAGCAAGGUAGCAAGAAAGAUUCUCAGGUGCCAUCGGACAGUAACGUCUCAGGUGACAUCGAUGUUUCCACAGAUGCUGACCCAAAACAUGUCUCAUCGCAAGACCCAGAAUCUGUUGAGGCUUUGCACCACCGCGAUGGAAAUACCUCUGAAGAAAAUACUUCUUCUCCCGAUGUUUCACAAUCGCAUGACCAUCAUAACAACUCAAGGGCCAACACCUUUCACGGGAGAAACCAGCAUGGCCAUGGCCAAAACAACGGCUACCCCAGAAGAAGACUACAUCAUCAGGGACACGACGCAGAGAGCUACGGACCAUUUAGGUCUCAUCACUCCCACUCCAAACACCCUUACGGUUCGUUUGGCCAACCCCGCUCGUAUCGCCCAAGGCCCUCGCACCACAAAGAGAAUCAAGAUGGCGCAUUUGUUUCCCGGCCUCCUCAUCCAUUUGUAGCUGUCAACAAUAUCGCGAGACAGAUCGAGUACUACUUCAGCGCUGAAAACUUGACUAAGGAUGAGUAUUUACGCUCUCAAUUCGCAAGCGAUGGUUUUGUGCCGCUUUCCUUGAUUUCUAAGUUUUACAGAAUUGUGAACAUGUCAUUUGGGGGAGAUGCCUCUCUCAUCAUGGGCGCCCUAAGGGAAAUUGUCGCCAACGAGACUGCCACUGUCGAUGUCGCUACUGUACGGAAUGAAGCCGCUGAAAGUUCAUUGGACAAUUACCUUGUGAGAUCCAAGGAAUGGCAGCAGUGGGUUUCCGAGGCUAUCAACAACGAUCAAGAAGCUCAAGCAGAAAUGACUGCCAACAAGAAAAUUUUGCUGAACGAGGAGUUGGACUCAUUCCGCAUUCAACCACCAGUAUUCGCAUCCGACCCAGUGGAACUCAAACAGGAUGAUAAUGAAAAAGACCAUCAACAAGAGUCACCAGCACAAACUGAGGCCACUGGUGAUCAAUCCUGA